AGACGAGAGAAAGGUAUGUGAAACGUGAGAUAGGCAAGUUUAUUUGCUGUGCAUAGAGUAAAUUUGGGUUAAGAAAUUUACCAUCAGGGCACAGGUAGUUUCAUUUUCGGGAUUGUUCAGCUCAAAGGGGCACCAGUUAUUGGCAGUUUCUCUCUUGUGUCGACUACUGUUUUAUUUUUCUUUAUUUAUUUGUAGUUGUAAGAAGACAAUUCUCAUCUUCAGGCUUUAUCCAACUUCCUUUAGCUAAGGAUUCGGUGCUCCACAUUAAGAGAGAUGAAGCAUCUAGCUUUGGCUCUUUUUUUAGCUAUUCUGAUCCACCAACAAGGUUUUCCCAUCCAUGUUGAAGCAGGUGAUGGCUUCAUCAGAACCAGGGGAGUGCAUUUUCUUUUGAAUGGUAGCCCAUACUAUGCAAACGGCUUCAAUGGCUACUGGUUGAUGUAUGUGGCUUCUGACCCAUCUCAGAGGUACAAAGUUUCAUCUGUUUUUCGUGAAGCAACUAGCCAUGGGCUCACAGUGGCUAGAACUUGGGCUUUCAGUGAUGGAGGUUACAGGCCUCUUCAAUACUCCCCUGGCUCCUACAAUGAGCAAAUGUUCAAGGGGUUGGAUUUUGUUAUAGCUGAGGCCAGAAGGUAUGGGAUUAAGCUGAUAUUAAGCUUGGUGAACAACUAUGAGAGCUUUGGUGGAAGGAAGCAGUAUGUGAACUGGGCAAGAAGUCAGGGGCAUUACCUGACAUCUGAUGAUGAUUUCUAUAGAAACCCUGUUGUUAAGGGUUACUACAAGAACCAUGUAACUACUGUUCUUAACAGAUAUAACAGCUAUACUAGAGUUCAUUACAAAGAUGACCCAACAAUUAUGGCCUGGGAGCUUAUCAAUGAACCUAGAUGCACAUCAGAUCCUUCAGGAAGGACUGUUCAGGCUUGGAUAAUGGAAAUGGCUUCUCAUGUGAAAUCAAUAGACAGAAACCACUUGCUGGAAGCUGGUCUAGAAGGAUUUUAUGGACAAGCAAUACCUCAGAGGAUGAGACUCAACCCUGGUUUCAAUAUAGGAACAGACUUUAUUGCAAACAAUCGGAUUCCCGGCAUCGAUUUUGCAACAGUUCACUCUUAUCCUGAUCAAUGGUUGUCUAGCUCAAAUGAUCAAAAUCAGCUCUCUUUCUUGAACAACUGGCUCGACACCCACAUCCAAGAUGCACAAUACAUUCUUCGAAAGCCGGUGUUCAUCACAGAAUUUGGGAAAUCUUGGAAAGAUCCUAGUUUCAACACCUACCAAAGAGACUUGCUCUUCAACACUGUGUAUUCCAAGAUAUACUCUUCAGCAAGAAGAGGAGGAGCAGCUGCUGGGGGCCUAUUCUGGCAACUUCUCACUGAAGGCAUGGACUCGUUCGGUGAUGGGUACGAUAUAGUUCUGAGCCAGAGUCCCUCAACUGCAAAUGUAAUUGCUCAACAAUCUCACAAGCUCUAUCAGAUCAGGAAGAUUUUUGCCAGGAUAAGAAAUGCUCAGAUGUGGAAAAGGGCAAGGGCCAUUAGAAGGGCUGAAUGGCUGGCUAGAAACAAAGGCAAGCGUAUAGGAAAUUGAUCGAAUGCAUUACCUUGUGAGGUUGCUGUAUGGUUUUACCUCUUAGAGAUGAUUCAGACGAAUGUUUUUUUCGUCCAGGAGGGAAAUUUGUGUCACCUAGUAUUGUGCUUUUCUUUCCCCUGCAUAUAUUUAUGUUAUGAAGUGUGAACUGAGUCGUUUAGGCAGAGUUUUCUGAUUUAUAAAGUCAAACUUGUUUAUUUCUUUC